AACUCCUAACAGGAGGAGACUCACUCAUGGCCUAUGAGACAGAGGAUCAUGAGACUCAAUACUGCUUUCCUGCCAUCAACUCAUCAUGUUUCAAGGGAAUUCGCUCUAGAUAUGAAUACUAUGUCAUGUAUGCGUUUGUGUUAUUGCUGUCAGCAUGGACUGUGUUUCUGAACCUGCUGGUGAUCAUCUCCAUCUCUCACUUCAAGAAGCUUCACACUUCAACAAACCUGAUUAUUCUCUCUCUGGCAGUUUCCGACCUGCUUAUGGGACUUAUUGUGAUACCCAUAGAGGGCUCCAGGCUCAUUGAGACGUGUUGGUACUUUGGAGACACUUUCUGUAAACUGUAUUUUAUAAUCCUUGGAUUUCUCUUCUCAGCAUCUUUCAGUAAUUUAGUUUUAAUUGCUGUUGAUCGUUAUGUGGCUGUGUGUCACCCUUUACUGUACCCACAGAAAAUAACCACAACUAGAACUUUAAUGAGCAUCUGUCUGAGCUGGAUUUGCUUCUCAACUUAUAACACUACCCUUGUAAUUAUUAAUGGAUAUUUAGACACUUCAGUCAGAACAGACAUGUGUUAUGGAGAGUGUUCUGUUAUGAUGGGUUUUGCCUGGAAAGUCACUGAUCUGUUCAUGUCUUUUAUUUUUCCUUGUACCCUGAUCAUAACUUUAUACUUGAGGAUAUUCUAUGUUGCACAUCAGCAAGUGAAAGUUAUAAACUCUGUGGUAAAGACUGGAAAACAUGGAAUUGAUGGUUCAGUGAGGAGGAAAUCUGAGAGUAAAGCUGCUCUGACAUUAGGAAUCAUUGUGACAGUUUAUCUGCUUUGCUUUAUUCCAUACUAUAUCUGUUCUAUGUCAGUAACCUCUUCUACAACCAUAAAUGUUUUGGCAUGGGUUGUGUACACAAACUCAGGUCUGAAUCCUCUGGUCUAUGCUUUAUUUUACCCCUGGUUUAAAAAGACAGUUAAACACAUCCUAACCCUGAAAAUAUUUCAGCCAGCAUCUUCUCUGGUCAAUAUUUUUACAGAAUAUUAAUUGUAAUUAAACUGGUAAAGCUGUCAUUCAUAAAAGUAUGUAUAAUUAUCAUUGUAUGAUUCAUCUUUGUAAUUUUCAAAACAUGUUCCUUAAUAGUAUAUAGCUCAUUAAAUUAUGUAUGUUUGCUGUUAAAUCUCAAAUGCAGAUAUUGACAGAAUUUAACAUUUAACUCAACUUCUUUACACACACACACACACACACACUUUGACAAAAUGUCCAUGAACUGUGUUGCAUUAGAUGAUUAAGUAAACUGAGUAAACAGCACAAAUCCUCAGUAUACUGGAAUAAUGAAAAGGUAGAUAGUAUGUACUUUAUUCUUAAUAACUUUCAUCUGUGUUAUACAUGAAAAACACAAUGACAGUCAUAUAGAAGAGUGGUUCCCAAUCCUGGUACUGGAGUAGCCUAGCUCUGCACAAUUAGAUCUCUCUCUAAUCAAGCACCUGAUUCAACCUGAUUAAACCCCUAACUCCAAGACCUCAGAUAUAUGGGUGUGUCAGAUAAGAGAGACAUCCAGAAUGUGCAGUGUUGGGGGUACUCCAGGAUCAGGGUUGGGAACCACUGAUAUAGAACUACAGCCCUGGAGAAAAUUAAGAGACCGAAAAUUAGCAGUUUCUCUGGAUUUAAUAUUUAUAUGUAUGUGAAAGACUGAUGAUGGAUGAAAGCUCUGAUUGGCAAUCAGGUUAUUCCACCAAAUUUUGAUUUCUUAACUAUUCUUAAGUUAAAAAAUAUAUAUAUAUUGUGUUGUUUAAAAAUGAAUGUAAACUUGUUUUCCUUGCAUUUCCUUGGUGUAUUUACUUGAAAUUUGGAAGAAAUGUUGCCAGUUCAUACAACAAAAA